AUGCAAAUACCAUGGUAUUAUCGUUUAUAUUUUUAUGGCAUUCAUGGUUUUUUUGAUGAAGUGGUGUUUACUUGUCUUCACAACAUUUAUUUUGAAGGAUUUGAUGCCAAACUGAGGGGUUACUCCUCUAUAUAUGCAUUUUUUUUGUAUGGCUUGUCAAGUCUUGUUGUUGAAUAUAUAUAUCUUAAUUAUUUAAAAGAAAAGCACAAUCUUAUAGUGCGUGGCUUCUUUUACAUUUUAUGGGCAUUUUAUUGGGAGUUUAAUGCUGGUUUAAUGCUGACAUGGUUUUCUGCUUGUCCAUGGGAUUACUCUCAUAAAAGAUUUAAUGUUUAUGGACUAAUAACUCUUGACUAUGCACCUGUCUGGUGUUUUUGUGGUUUUUUGCAAGAAAUUGUGUCAGAUUUAUUACUAUCUUUCAAAAUAGAAGCUGUCUCUCCGUCAAUAAAAAAAUCAUAA